UCCUGCGGGAGGGAGAGAAGGGAGCAAGUUCACAUGCUCUAGUGUGGCCCUGUGAGGAUUAGAACCUGGCAGAGUAUGCUUUACCGCAUCAUAACCUCACUGGAUGUUCUCAUGUUUCCUAAAACAUACAUGUAGGGCAAGACAGGAAGGAUGCGUGCGUAUAUGUAGCAAAUGGGGAAUUUAGAAUGCAUGCUCUCUGGAGGCAGGAACCAUGAGGGAUGCGGGCCAUGAGCGCACCCCAGUGCCUGGCACACACUCCACACUCUGCAAAGCUGGCUGCCGGAAGGACGGAAGGAAGAAGGCUUCCCAAUAAAACACUGUUGAGCGACAAACGGAUGGGUGAAGGGAUGCACGGAUGAAUCAAGGACCGAAGGAGAAACGCAGGCGGCGGCCCCCCCGUGCCCGCGCGUCGGGAAGGCGCAGCGGAACCCGAGGGCGGCGGCGCGGUUUCCCUUGAAAGCGCCGGGGAAGCUUGAGGGAGCACACAGGAAGGCAGGGCGGCGAGCGGGAGCGGCCGGCAAAUCCUUAGGAGAAGAUGACCGUGUUCUUUAAAACACUUAGAAAUCAUUGGAAGAAAACGACAGCUGGAAUCUGUCUGCUGACAUGGGGAGGCCAUUGGCUGUAUGGAAAACACUGCGACAACCUCCUAAGGAGAGCAGCCUGUCAAGAAGCUCAGGUGUUUGGCAAUCAACUCAUUCCUCCCAAUGCACAAGUGAAGAAGGCGACGGUUUUUCUCAAUCCUGCAGCGUGCAGAGGCAAAGCAAGGACUCUAUUUGAAAAAAAUGCUGCCCCAAUUUUACACUUAUCUGGUAUGGAUGUGACUGUUGUUAAGACCGAUUAUGAGGGCCAAGCCAAGAAACUCCUGGAACUGAUGGAAAGCACAGACGUGAUCAUUGUUGCGGGAGGAGAUGGGACAUUGCAGGAGGUUAUUACUGGAGUUCUGCGAAGAGCAGAUGAGGCUUCCUUCAGUAAAAUUCCCAUUGGAUUUAUCCCACUGGGACAGACCAGUAGUUUGAGUCCUACCCUCUUUGCCGAAAGUGGAAACAAAGUCCAACAUAUUACAGAUGCCACCCUUGCCAUUGUGAAAGGAGAGACUGUUCCACUUGAUGUCUUGCAGAUCAAGGGUGAAAAGGAACAGCCCGUGUUUGCAGUGACCGGCCUUCGAUGGGGAUCCUUCAGAGAUGCUGGCGUCAAAGUUAGCAAGUACUGGUAUCUCGGGCCUCUAAAAACCAAAGCAGCUCACUUCUUCAGCACUCUUAAGGAGUGGCCUCAGAUACAUCAAGCCUCUAUCUCAUACACGGGACCUACAGAGAGACCUCCCAGUGCAGCUGAAGAGACCCCUCCUCGGCCCUCUUUGUACAGGAGGAUACUACGCAGGCUGGCGUCGUACUGGGCGCAGCCGCAAGACGCCCUUUCCCAAGAGGUGAGCCCCGAGGUCUGGAAAGAAGUGCAGCUGUCCACCAUCGAACUGUCCAUCACGACACGGAACAGUCAGCUGGACUUGACGAGCAAAGAAGACUUUAUGAACAUCUGCAUUGAACCCGACACUGUCAGCAAAGGAGACUUCAUAACUAUAGGAAGCAAGAAGGUGAGGGACCCCGAGCUGCGCGCGGCCGGCACCGAGUGUCUCCAGGCCAGCCGGUGCACCCUGCUGCUUCCUGAGGGAACCGGGGGCUCUUUCAGCAUCGACAGUGAGGAGUACGAGGCGAUGCCGGUGGAGGUGAAGCUGCUCCCCCGGAAGCUGCAGUUCUUCUGCGACCCCAGGAAGCGGGAACAGAUGCUGCCGAGCGCGGCCCCGUGAGCCGUCGGGGGAGCCGGCCACCCCCACCCGCACUUUAGGCCUCCAAUGGGACCAGAAGCCUCCCCUGUCCCCGCAGUGUUGUCACAGGAUCCCAGGGCACCUCCACGGCAAGUACGCCGCCCUCGCGGCGCUUCCCCCUGUACUCAGCUUCCCGCAUGCUCAUCCUUCGCUGUGACCCUUGCUCCCGCUCCCCAAGAGGCCCACCCGCGCCAGCUGGGAAAGAGCUAGACCUCGUCUGUCCCCACGUGUGCAGCCACAGCCCGGGCCUCGCUCCUGGGACUUCCGGGGGGAUGGGUGCCUGCCUUCCCCGCUGCCGUCCUUUUUCUCGGCUUCUCCAUGCGUGCGCUCUACUCUCUGAGCUCAGAUUCGAAUUAAGCUUGUUUCAGUUCUACCCUCGAUCCAAAAAUAGGGGAGGUGUUUCCCUCUUCAGCCAUGGCUGAAAAAGACUGUAAAAGGCUAGUUUGUAUUAUUUUUUAAAGUAGUGGCAUGUUGAAAACUGACCCACUUGGGGCCCACCCCAAACCCGGUCCCUCAGUCUGGGGAGGGAGCCCAGGAAUCAGCAUUUUUAAAAGGCAGGCACCCUCCCCCAGGUGCUUCUCCUCCAAGAGGUCCCCCACCCUCACCUUCAGCGUUGUAAAGCACACCCCCCACUAUUAUGCUCAUGCACCCCUCAAAAGUAUUUUGAAAGAUCACGUGUCCCCUCAUUUUCUAGAUACCAAUGUAGGAGUUGCCAAAGUAUGUGUUUCCUGGUGUCAUGUAAAUAUUGAUUAUUUUAAAAUAAAACUGUUAUAUCACUCUUUUAAA